AUCGAUCUUCUCUAAGCUGUACUGUGUAGUGUACUAGUGUAUCUCGGUCUAUCUAAUACUCUAGCAUAAUCUGCUGUGACCAGGAGCUGGAAUGUCUGCAUCUCUGAUGAGGCUGCCACUUGCUGCUGGGAGAUUUAUGGCCAGACUUGAACGACUGACAGUACUAAAACAACACUUGACGACCACUCGAAUGGCUUCCACAACAACACCUGAGGACGAGGUAGUGACAAGCAGUGACGGAAGUGGAGGAGUUAAAUAUAUCCUCCUGAACAGACCGAAAGCACUCAAUUCUCUAAACCUAAACAUGACCAAAAUCAUCACCAGAGAAAUGAGAGAAAUAGAGGCGGACCCAUCCGUUCGUGUGGUGGUGAUGGAGGGGGCGGGGGACAAGGCUUUCUGUGCUGGAGGAGACAUUAGAGCUGUGACUGAGGCUGGUAAAGUGGGAGACAAGUUAGCGCAGGACUUCUUCAGAUACGAGUACAUUCUCAACCACCUCAUUGGUACGUUUGGAAAACCAUUCAUCGCUAUUCAGGAUGGGAUCACAAUGGGAGGAGGUGUGGGUCUGUCGGUACAUGGAGAUUUCAGAGUAGCCACAGAGUACACACUGUUUGCCAUGCCAGAGACUUUCAUCGGACUGUUCCCAGAUGUGGGUGGGUCCCACUUCUUGCCACGCCUCACAGGAAGCCUUGGAAUGUACCUGGCACUAACUGGUUACCGACUGAAAGCAAGAGACGUCACGUUGGCAGGUGUGGCAACUCACUUCAUUCCAAGGGCACAGAUUCCCACACUGAAAGAGCACUUGUCUGAACUAUGUUCUAGCAAUGGAAAAUUGCCAUCCUCUAAUCCGAUGACGAUCAUCAAGCAGGAACUGGAUUCCCUUCACCAGAAAUUUUCCACUGAACAUGCUCAGUCUGAGCUCACCCUGGCCCCCCACAUGGAGACCAUCAACAGAUGCUUUGACCAGCCGAGCGUGGAGGGGAUAGUGGAGGCACUAGAGAACGAGAAGACUGAAUGGGCCAAGCAACAACUCAAGACAUUGAGUAAAAUGUCCCCUACAUCACUAAAGAUUGCUCAUCGACAGCUGACUUUGGGCGCUCAACUGUCCUUUGCUGAGUGCUUUAAAAUGGAGUAUCGUAUGAGCCAGGGAUGUAUGGCAGGGAAGGACUUCUACGAGGGUGUGAGAGCAGUGCUAGUGGACAGGGACAAUAGCCCUCAGUGGACUCCAGCCAUUUUGCAAGACGUGACUGAUGAGUUCGUAGAUCAAUACUUUGCUAGAUUACCAGAGGACAAAGAAUUGCAACUCUAGCAUCAUUUUCGAUGAUUGCAAAUAAGUUAUUGUGUGUAUGAUGAUAUAAUUAUAUCUCUGUUGCUUUAGCAGAGUUUAUUUCAGGUAGGGGCGGAGGGGAAAUUUCAUCCCCCCCCCUUGGAUGA